GGUUGGAUAAAAAAAAAUUAAAAAGAAUAUGUGCUCAUAAAAAGGGGAAGCAAAAAGAGAGAGAAAGAAAAAGAGGAAGAAAAGCCCUGGCCUCAAUCGCCUCUCCCUCCGUCAAACAGCUGCCGACCUCCCCUUUCCUCAUUCAUCCUCUCCGGCAACGCUCCACCAGCCACAGGCGUUAGGCAGCGACGAGUGGAGCCCACACCCACGCGAACGCCCAGCUCUGUAGUGGACGAUGGUGUACGAUCACUCGCGAAUCUGACUUGCAUUGUGAGCACGACACCGAACGGCUUCGAAUAGGCUUUCGAAGCAUCGUUCCUUCUCCGUUUAAGAGUCCAACGUGAACAACAAGUUGUGCAUCACGCUUUAGACGACCGAGUGUCUUGCAACAGCGUUUUCGACUUGGGGGCUUUCUAAAAAUUGAUGGGUGUUCAAGGAAGUGGAUUUUCAGAUUGAGAGCGAGGAAUUUAAAAAUAUGGUUAUUCCAAUAGUUGUUUUUCACGGUGGAAUAUGGAAUGAAAAACGUUAUGUAAAUUACAAGACUGCUGGAGUUUUGGUAGAUGAUAUAAUGGGUUUUGAAGAUUUUGUGGGUUUAAUAGUGAAGGAAAUUCGUUUGGAUGCAUCUAUUUCUUCUAUAGAACUUUCAACUUUAUUAGAUUUUGGUAUGAAUAAAGUUCAAAAUAUAGUUGAAAUUCAUGAAGAUAAGGAUGUAGCUUGGUUUUUGACUUUAGUUAAGGAACAAAGUACAAGACAUCCUUUGGUUGCUCAUGUUACUAGUAUGUGUUUGGAAGGGUCUUCUAGUGUUGUUUCUAGUGAAGCUGAGAAUUAUUUGUCUAUUGUUCCUUAUUCUAUGCCUAUGAUAGAUGAUGAUUUCCAAGUGAUCAUGGAUAUACAUAUUGCCCGUGAUUUGAAAGAAAAGGAUGUGUUUGCAAGUAAAGAAAUUUUAUCAAAGUGUUUUUAUUAUAUAGCAGUGAAGAAGAAUUUUGAAUUUAAGACUUUAAGAUCAAAUUCAAGAUCAAUUGAGUUUCGAUGCGUCCAAGAUGGUUGUCAAUGGUAUGUCAGAGCAUCUCGUUACAAGGCUAGUGAUUUGUGGAUGCUUAGGAAGUUUAUUGAUAUUCAUGAUUGUUCUAUGAAUAAUGUUCAAACUUCUCAUAGGCAAGCUUCUGCAUCCUUAAUAGGUGAUUGUUUGAAAAAUGAAUUUAGGUCUAGUUCUUCUGAUAGCUUAACUCCUAAAGAUAUUGUAAAUAAAGUGCGUAAGGAACUUGGAGUAAAUAUCAGCUAUUAUAAAGCAUGGAGGGCAAAAGAGCACAUAAUGAAGUCAUUGAAAGGCGAUGCAUGUGAAUCAUAUGCUUUGAUUCCAAAGUUUUUGAUGAAGUUAGAAGAAUUGAAUCCAGGUACAUUCACGGCCUAUGAAACUGACAUAGAUGGACAUUUUAAAUAUUGUUAUAUGGCUAUUGGUUCAUCAAUUGAGGGUUGGAAGCAUUGUAGACCUAAUAUAUUUGUUGAUGGCACGUUUCUGAAAUGUAAAUAUGCUGGGACUCUUUUGACGGCUUCAACGGUUGACGGUAACAAUGAAAAUUUUCCUCUUGCUUUCAGUAUUGUUGACUCAGAAAAUGAUGCAUCAUGGAAAUGGUUUUUUGAGAAUAUAAAGAACAGUUUUGGAGAACGAGAGGGAUUAGUCAUUAUUUCUAAUCGACAUUUGAGCAUUCCGCAAGGUAUUAUGAGUGUUUGUCCAACUGCUGAGUAUUGUAUUUGUAUACGACACCUUUUGCAAAAUAUGAAGACGACAUAUAAAGAUUCUUUAAUCGAUAAGAUAUUUUAUAGUUGUGCAGAAGCUUAUACAAUCGAUAACUUUGAGUUGAAUAUGAAAUGGAUGGAGUCGAUAUAUCCCAGUAUACGAGAAUAUCUCAGUGAAGUUGGUUUUGAGAAGUGGGCUCGUGCAUAUUCUAGGAGAAAAAGGUAUAGAAUGAUGACUACAAAUAUUUCAGAGUCAUUGAGUUCUGUUUUGGAAGAGUCUAGAGAAUUCCCUAUUGCAUCAUUACUUGAUUCGAUUAGACAACUACUUCAAGAUUGGUUUUAUGAAAGAAGUAAAUUAGCAUCUUCUAUGAAGACUGUUUUAACUAGUUGGGCUGAGAACGAGUUGCGAGAUCAACACAAUCAGUCAAGAAACUUCAAGGUUGAUUCUAUUAACAAUGAAGAAUAUAAAGUAGUUGAUGGAGACAAUCAUUAUGUGGUAAAUGUGAUCUCCAAAUCGUGUAGUUGUUGUUUUUGGGAUUUGGAGGAGAUUCCAUGUGCUCAUGCUUGUGCUGUUCUUAGUGAGCUAAAUUUAGAUUCUUAUGCUUUUGUGUCUGACUAUUAUUUUUCAAAUACAUUCUCAUCAACCUAUAAAAGAUCAAUUCAUCCUAUUGGAAAUCAUUCUGACUGGAGUUCUGUGGAUGUUGAUGGGAAUGUAUUACCUCCAAUUGUUAAACGUCAAGUCGGACGACCUCGAAAACAAAGAAUAUUGUCAAUGGGUGAAGAGAGAAGCCACAUGAAGUGUAGUUGAUGUCAUUGUGUUGAUCAUAGAACAUGGAAUUUUCACCAAUUGUUUAACGAUGUAUAAUAUAUUGAAGUUUUGUCACUAAUGUUUGUCAAUUUUUUAUUGUAAGAGAAGCUUUAUUGCUUAUUGUUAAUUGUCUGUAGAAAGCUUUAGUGAUA